UAAAGAUUUUAAAGAACAAAACAAACAUAAUGAAGUUACUUCUACUGCUCAUCCUCUCACUAAUGACAGGUUGUGAGCUGCUGUCAGAAGAGAAGAUUUGCACAAAAGGAUGGGUUGAAUUCACCUGCAACCAAAACACAAUUAGAAAAUGUCAAAUGACUAAGGCUUUAACAGCUGAGAAAAAAACUCUCAGAGUGCUCAUUAAGCAUCAUCAGAUGAAGAAUUCAUCAGCUGACAGCGAGGAAUUAGAAUUUAAAAUUGCAAAACAAUGCCCAAAAGCAUUUCAUCAAAUUGCAUACAGGACAGCUAAAACCACCAUCAGAUGUGAUUAUCCAGAAGACAAAUACAAGUCGUGGACCAAGUUUUUCUGCAAAGGGAAAAGUUUCACCUGCGAGGACAAUUUAUCAACAAAAUCUUAUCCAAAGUCAAACAGGACAUUCACUCUCUCAAACAUCAGCCAUGGCUUCAAUAUGUCCAUCAGUAAUGUGUCCUCUCAGGAUGAUGGUAAUUACUGGUGCGGAGUAAGAUCACCUGUGGGGAUUCAUCAUGCUGCACUCACAAAAAUAAAACUAAGCAUUAAAAAUAUUAAGAGCUUCACAAGAUCACCAGCUGUUGGAGAGAACUUCACAUACUGGUGUAAAUAUAACCAGGCUGUCUCAAAUUGUACAAAAUUUAUCUGUAAGGGAGAAGAUCCAUCUAUAUGUAAACCUUUAGUAAGCACCAGAGAUCCCGAUAAGAACAAGAGGUUUUGGAUGAAUGACAAUAAAGAAAAGAAAAAUAUCAUCAUAACAGUGAGAGAAGUGACAGCGGACGACAGUGGGACAUACUGGUGUGGAGCAGAAAGCACCAAUGAACACCAGAGUAACAGGUUCUUCAACAGAUUGUCCCUGACUGUAGGACCCACUGCAUCUGCUGAGAGUCAUGGCAUUUCUGACGUUGGAAUUGUUCUAAUCAUAAUAACUGGGUUGGUGUUUCUGGUCGUUUUCAUCCUUGUCUACAAACGAAUCUCCUUUUCAAAAAACAGAGGAGCUAAUGCAGCAUUGCAACAUGCCAAAGAGUUGAAGGACUGUACGUAUGAGGAGAUACAGGAGCGCCCCCAGCAACCAGACCAGCCAGAAAAUGCACUGACCUCAAUUUAUGUCACUGCUAGCAUUCCCACAGAUGUAGCUGCCUCACCACAUUACAAUAGCAUCAACUUUCAAAGCUGCUCUGACAAAGCUGGUGGUGAGGCGAUGAAACGCAUCUCCUCUGCCUGUAAAUAUUCUACUUUGACAUUAAGCAAAUGUCCAACAAACCCGACAAUCACUCAACCAUCCAGACCAGCAGAGGAGAAUCUCAACUCAGUAAUCAAUGAGCCAAAAUGAAAAUAAGAUCAGCUGUCAGAAUUUGUUGUAGUGAGAAUGUGGUUUUUAAAGAGUGUUAUAUUCUGUGGAGCUGGGCAGGUGUAGGUGUGUGGUGCUGCUUUCUCUCUCUUUCUUCUCUCCAGGGCCCAGCUGCCACUCUUUUCCCCAGUAGGCACCUGGACCCACUCAGCCAUUAACCCAGACGUUAUACAGUCCAGGUGUUGUUUUCUAGUGUAUGAAACCGAGGUUGAGCAAAAGAAGGUAAUGUCUUUUGGAGUUGUUUGUGGGAGCAGUGUUGAAAUCUAGUGAUGGCCAAAUUAAGCUUGUUUUGAAAAAAUGUUUGUUACCCAGUUUUUCAACACAGUGCUCUUUGGUGGCAUCUGGUGGCCAAGAAUAUGAAGAGCAGCUUGAAUCUAUAAGGAAAAAUGAACUGCUAAUGAUCGCUCACACUCGAGUUGAGUUGGCAGGUCGGGCAAUCGGACUACUGUUGUGGUCCUCUUAAUAUGUUUUGGGAUUUUUUUCUCUCUUUUUUUUGUUUGUGUGUGUGUGUGUGUGUGUGUGUGUGUGUGUGUGUGUGUGUGUGUGUGUCAUAU